GAGGCAUCUCAAGCCGCCCGCCGUUUGGUUUGCGCCUGCGCACUUGGAGGUUUCGAAGCUUCGGCUCGCCCUUUUUGUGACGUCACGGGGGGGCAGUAAACAUGGCGGCGGCGGGAAGGAGGAGAAGCUACUAAGAAGGAUUUAGAGCAGACAUGACGUUAUUUGGGCAUUAUAGGACCCCGGAAAUGGCUGCUCCCCAACACAGCUAUCUUUUGGCCAGUUUGAGGGCUGACUGCCUGAACAAACCUUUUGCCCAGCGAUGUCUCGAUUUACAGACCGUCAUUCAAGACUUUCCUGCCAAAGAGCUGCACGCCAUUUUCCCUUGGUUGGUGGAGAGCAUUUUUGGGAGCCUGGAUGGGGUCCUUGUGGGCUGGAGCCUGCGCACUUUGCAAGGAAGGACCAACCCCACAGAAUACAACCUCGCCCUCGAAUUCCUCGAUCCCGGAGGCCCGAUGAUGGAGCUGGUCUACAAACUCCAAGCGGAGGAAUAUCGCUAUGACUUUCCCGUCUCUUACCUUCCGGCCCCGGUGAAAGCGUCGAUCCAAGAACGGAUCCUUCCGGAAUGUUCUUUAUAUCACAAUAAGGUCCAGUUUCCUCCAUCUGGAGGAGUCCUGGGACUGAGUUUGGCCCUCAAUCCGUAUGAAUAUUAUAUGUUCUACUUCGCCAUUAGCUUGAUUACGCAGAAGAAUGUUCACCCCACAUACCACGUCAGCAUGUCCAACAGUGCCUACUUUGUCCUGGUGGAUCGAUACCUGAAGUGGUUCCUUCCCACCGAAGGGAACGUCAUCCCUCCCCGAUCCUCUGACCCCGGAGGCCCUGCCCCCUCCCCUGCCCCACGGUCCCCUGUGAUGCCCUUCACGUCGUAUGGGAUGCACCCCACCAGCCUCCUGAAGAGACACAUAGCGCACCAGACCUCUGCCAAUGCAGAUCCGGCCUCCCAAGAGAUAUGGCGCUCCGAGACCAUGCUCCAGGUCUUUGUGGAAAUGUGGCUCCAUCAUUACCCUCUAGAUAUAUACCAGAAAAUUCAGUCUCCUCACAUCAAGCUGGAAACCUUCCAUUACCACCUCCCUUCUAUUUAUUCUCCUUCGUCAUCCUUCGCUUUUCCCAUCCAGUCCAGCUAUCGCUCGUACUAUACAUAUCAAGAAUCCUUCAAGCCGUCCGAGGAGCAGGUCCUGGUGAUCCGCCUCCUGGUGAAGCACCUCCAUGCCUUCAGCAACAGCAGCCUCCGGGCCGAAGCCCCCGCCUCCCCCUCCCCCUCGGGACACUCCCACUCCCCUGGCCCUUUGGAGGAGUUCAAGAGAAUAGUGAUUCCUCGCUUCCUGCAGCAGAAGCUGUAUGUCUUCCUCCAUCACUGCUUUGGCCACUGGCCUCUGGACGCCUCUUUCCGGGCCGUGCUGGAGAUGUGGUUGAGCUACUUGCAGCCCUGGAGAUACGCCCCGGAAAGGGCCACUUUGGGAGCGGAGCAGGCCCCGCGAAUCAUGUCUGAAAAAUGGGCCCCCUUUGUCCAGGAGAACCUGCUGAUGUUCACGGAGCUCUUUGUGGCCUUCUUGACCCGCGCCCUCCGCACCGACCUGGUCAGCCCCAAGAACGCCCUGAUGCUCUUCCGGGCAACCAAAGUCUUUGCCCAGCCCUCCUUGGCCCCUGUCAUCCAGAAAGCAGAGCAGCUCUUCCUGGAGAUGGACCUGGCCAUCAAUGCUGCCUCCAGCCCCGCCUCCCUGGGAGCUGGCUCCUCCCCCUUGCUCCGCUCCCAGCCCCGCCUCCUCCUCUCCCUCCGGGGAGCCUCCUCCCUCUCAGACUCCGCCUCCGCCUUCAAGAUCAAGAGCCGCCUCUAUGGCCUCCAAGGGCAGGAGGCCCAGUACAGGCCACUCUUUGGGCCAGAGGUCCGGGGAAUGGUCCUGCGCCUGGUGCAGCUGAUUGUGCAGGCCCAGCAGCGGCUGAAGUCCCUGGACCCCUCCUCUUGGGACGCCUCUCCAACGGGCCCGCUCCCCUCCUCCUCGCCCUCCUUCCUCUCCUGGCUCCGUUUCGGAAUCUCGGACCCCAAUGGCUCCUCCUCCUCCUCGGCUGCCGGCAGCGACCUGGAUGAAGCUGGCCAUCUGGACGGGGGCCGCCGGACCGAGGAAUACCUGGAGAAGGCCCUCGAGUUCCUCUGCCUCAUCUUCCGGCUCAACGAGGCCCAGCUGAGCCGGGUGAUGCUGACCCUGGGGGCCGCGCCAGACGAAAGCGGGGUCAAGCAGCGCCCGGACUGCGCCGAGACCGACGCCGGACUCGUCUUGACCCCUUUGGGGCGCUACCAGAUCAUCAACGGCCUGCGGAGGUUUGAGAUCAGUUAUCAGGGCGACCCAGAGCUGCAGCCAAUCAGGAGCUACGAAAAUCCCACCCUGGUCCGCUCCCUCUUCCGCCUCUCCUCCACCAUCAAUGAGCGGUGGUCGGAGCAGAUGUCGUGGGCCUGCUCCCGGCGGGACUUCUUGGGCUCGCUGGCGCGCUUCCACCUGCUGGAGCCGGCCUGGUCGGGGGGCCUGGGUGGGAGGCAGAGCUGGGAGUGGGCGGAGCGUCCACGGCUGAGCCUGCGCUUCCUGGCCAGCUACCGCCUGCUCUUCAGCCUGGCCCUCUCCUACGCCCUGACCGCCUGGAUCUGCUUUGGCCCCGCGGCCACCUCCGGCCUCUUCCUCCUGGGCUACCUCCUCUACGCCUCCGCCAUGGCCUGCCUCUCCGACCGCAGGAGGACGGGCACACCCAGGGGGGGGAGGCCCCACCAGGAGUGAGCCCGCCAGCCAGCCAGCAAAGACACAGACGGACGGACGGACGGACGGACGGACGGGGGCCCUUCCUCCGAGGGAAACGCCCCCCAACAGGACCCUUUCGGAGGGGAACCUCUCCAACCGUGACUUUUUCUGAGGGAAAUCUUGCCAACAAUGACCUUUUCUGAGGUAAACCCAAUAAAUAAUGACCUUUUUGAGAUAAAAAUCACCAAGAAGCACCAUUUCAGAAUCAAAUGUCUUCCAAAAUUUUCUGAGGGAACAUUUUCUGGGGUAAAAACUGCCAAAAAGCACCGUUUCGGAGGGAGAUAUUUCCAAAAAUGUCCUUUUCUGAGAUAAAUUCAAUAAAUAAUGUUUUCUUGAGGUAAAAACCACCAAAAAGGACUAUUUCUGAGGGAAGUAUAAUCCAAAGUGACCUUUUCUGAGAGAAAACCCACUUUUUUUGAAGAAAACAUGGCCAAGAACCACCAUUUUUGAGGGAGAUACUUUUAAAAAAUGAUCAUUUCUAUGGGAAAUAAUUCCCAAAGUGACCGUUUCUGAGGGAAAAUCACGACUAUUUGGACUGUUGGUUCUUAAAAGGCAGUCCAGGAUUCCUCGUGGCCCCCAAUCCUAUUUUAUGUUAUUCUAUUUUAAUGUGGAUUUUGAAUGUCUUUGGGUUUCUAUAAAGGGCUUUUCAUCUACAGAUUUUUGUAAAUAAAGGCCUCUCUUUGUUUCUAA